AUGACAGUAAGUGCUGUUGAUGAUGAUUCAGAAGGUGUCCAAGAUGAUGGGGAAGAUGAUGAUAUGAUGGCAGCAUUGCAAGAUGCCGCAGGGGGAAUGUAUUUUAAUGUUACUGGAGAUGGUUUUCCCGAAGAACAAAAUACAUCUAAAGAAGAUUUUUCGGAUCUAUUUCAACAAGCUGAAAAAGAGUUAUACCCAGGUUGUACCAAAUUUUCUGCACUGACAUUUAUAGUGAAGUUAACAAAUAUUAAGGAGUUAAAUCGUUGGAGUGACAAGUCAUUUGACAUGUUACUUCAAUUACUGAGGGAAGCAUUUCCAAAAGGAACUAAGAUUGGAAAAUCACUAUACAAGAAUAAAGAUUUGGAUAAAUGUCCUAUCUGUGCUGAACCAUGUUACAAAUUUCAAAAUGCUAAGGGUAAACGUAUUCCUCAUGAGUCUCGACAUAAUGCUGCUGAUAUGAGAUGGCAUAAAGAGAAGCAUCCUAACAAAGAAGGUGUGUUAAAGCAUCCAGCUGAUGGAGAAGCAUGGAAGCACUUUUAUGAAAAAUUUCCAACAUUCUCUGCAGAACCCGAGACGUUCGCACCCGGAAAGGAUAUUGAUAUAUAUCUAAGACCUUUAAUUGAUGAGUUGAUAGAUUUGUGGGAUAGAGGUGUCAUGACUUACAAUGUGUCAACAAAUGAAAAUUUGAGAAUGCACUCAGUAAUAAACCGAAGAAAUUUACCUAUACGCCAUGCUUGGAGGAAUAAUACACAAGUCGAUGGAAAGUCUGAACGGACGCCAGCUCCAAGAAACUUUAUAGAAGUUGAAAUGCUACAACAAUUAGACAGAGUAAGAGAGGAAAAACCAAGAAAACAUCCUGAUAAUGUUGAUAGGAAGAGAAAACAUGAUUCAUGUGAAUUAAAUUGGACAAAGAAAAGUAUAUUUUUUGAACUUGCUUAUUGGUUUGAGUUGAAAAUAAGACAUAUCUUGGAUGUGAUGCACAUUGAGAAAAAUAUAUGUGAAAAUGUGGUUGGAACAAUGUUGGGUAUUGAGGGUAAAUCAAAAGAUACUGUUAAGGUAUGGAUGGAUUUAGAGGACUUGGGAAUCCGAAAGCAUUUGCGUUUGCAACGUCAUGGUAAUCGAGUUUUGAAGCCGAUAAGAUGUUAUUCGUUGACAUUGGAUGAGAAAAGAGAGUUUUGUAUAAGACCUUAUGUCAAUAAGGAGGUUAGUACUACAAUAACUGAGUUAGCCAUGUUCUUCCAAAAAAUUUGUGCUCGGAAGCUUACUAUUUCAGACUUAGACGCUAUGCAAGAUGGGAUUGUAAUUACAUUGUGCAAGUUGGAAAAAAAAUUUCCUCCUGCCUUCUUCGAUAUCAUGUUCCAUUUAGCAGUCCAAUUACCCUAUGAGGCGAAGAUGGAUGGACCAGUGCAUACUCGUUGGAUGUAUCCAUUUGAAAGCGGGCACACUGAAGUAUUGCAAAAUAGAGGUGUUAUUAACAUUGAUGAAAUAUGUGAGAAAGAAUUUCCAGGUUGGUUUAAAGAAAAAGAUCCUAAUGUAAGCAAAGAGUUGUAUACACUGGCAUGUGGACCAAAUUACAAAAUAAAAUCCUAUAGAGCAUGUGAUGUGAAUGGAGUUCGGUAUCGCACCAAAUCACGUGAUGCUGGACGUGUCACACAAAAUAGUAGCAUUUGGGUUGAAGUUGAAUGUUGUGAUUACUAUGGACUAAUUGAGGAGAUUCUUGAACUGAAUUAUACUUUUGACCACAAAGUUGAACUUUUUAAGUGCACGUGGUAUGACCCAAAUGUAAGUAGAAAGAAUAUACACACAGACAUUGGCAUCACGAGCAUCAACAUAAGUGCACAUUGGUAUGAAAAUGAACCUUAUGUGCUCUCUAGACAAGCUUGCCAAGUGUUCUAUGUGGAUGAUUAUAAACUGGGUCAAAAUUGGAAGGUGGUUCAAAAGUUCCAUCAUCGUCAUGUGUUGGAUGUUCCAGACAAUUUGGAUGAAAGAGAUGGUAAUGACAAUAAUGUUGAGCAUGGUGAAAGUGAAGCUUAUCAAGAAAUAAGUUCUAAAGAUGUUGAGAUAACAUUCGAAUUAACAUACAUUGAGCAACUUAAUUGA